AGCUCCCACCGGUCCCCUCCGCCUGGCAGCCUAUUAAAGGCUGGGAAGGGGAGGAAAUGAACAUCAGCUCCCUGGAGAACCUCGGCCACCGAGCUCCCCAGCGCUGCGCCAAGAGGGCCGAGUCCUGCGCCCCCGCCACCUCGCCAUGAGGGCUUCCGCGCUGCUGCUCGUUCCGCUGCUGUGUCUGGCCAGAGCCGCGCCGCAAGAUGCCCAAGAGGAGCUGCCCCUGGCAACGGCCGAUGACUUGAUGCAGAGCGAAGUGAUCCCGGAGCUGCCCUUUGUGGUGGAGCAGGGGCCACUGGACCCCAUCCUGAUCCGUGGGGAGCCUCAGGCCCCGGUGACGGUGCUGCGCCCCAGAGCCACAAGCCCCCGGGGCCCGGCCUGGGGUCACAAGCUGGACGACUUCCCGCCCGGCCGCCCCAGCAAGAGCAACAUCGACAACAUCUGCCGGGAGGGGAGGAAGAAGGCGUCGUACGGGACCUGGAACCUGCCCCAGACCAGCUUCUCCCACCUCAAGCGCCAGGGCGACGCCAUCAACGCCCUGGAGGCCGGCCUGGAGCAGUGCUGCCAGCAGAGAGGGAGGCUGGGUUGUGCGGAGAGCGCGGUGAGUCCCUGCGCCGCGCUAGAGGGGUGGCUUGGGCCAUAUCCCGCAGUUUGCUUUCUCCUGGGGCGUCCUGCCGAGAAGGCCGGCCAGGCAGACCCAGCCUGUGGUGAAGAGCAGUGA